AAUAAAGACGAGCUAAAGAAUUCAAUUAUCUAUUGAGAUCAAAUUAACAUAUUAAGAUAUACACUUUCACAAUUAAAAUGCUUACUUCUCGGCUAAGGCCAAAUUUGGUCAAAAUUUGAUUUGUCUUUUUAUGUUGUAUGCCUUAAAUUCACCACUAUCUUCUUUUACCUUUUGCUUAGCUUUUCUCAAAAAUAUAUAUAUAACACCUUUUCUACAGCAAAAUUGACAACUUCCCCUUUCUUGAUUUUCUGAUACAAAGAAAAGGGGGGACAAAAUCAAGAAAUGGUGAACUCAAAUGGUGAUGAGGUUACAGAGGAUUCGACCACCGCAACGACCCAUGAAACAGACAUUGAUAUGGCUGACAGCAAAGAUGAGGAUGUUGAUUCUCCUCCAUCACCAGAGUCAAGUCGUUUUCAAGAAGGUGAAAAAGUACUGGCCUUUCAUAGCCAACAACUCUAUGAAGCUAAGGUUCUAAAAGCUGUAUAUCAAAUAAGGGAGUGGAGAUAUUUUGUUCAUUAUCUUGGUUGGAACAAAAACUGGGAUGAAUGGGUGGGCAUAGACCGAUUGAUGAAACACACAGAAGAGAAUGUUCAGAAGCAGCAGGAGCUUAAGAAAAGACAGGAUACAGAUAAGAAUGGGAAGGCUGUACGUGGAUCACAAAUGAAAACAAAAGGCCCUACAGGGGGAAGAGGCCGAAAACGAAAGAGUGAUACUCCACAGAAGGACAAGGAUGGUCCUCCUCCAGAAAAGCUUGUCAAUAUCCAAAUACCGCCACAAUUAAAGAAACAGCUGAUUGAUGAUUGUGAAUUUGUCAACCACUUGGGCAAGCUUGUCAAACUUCCGCGUUCUCCAAAUGUCAGUGAAAUACUAGAGAAAUAUCAUUUCUAUCGGCUGAAGAAGGAUGGAGUGAUAUCUGAUUCUGUUGGAGAGAUUCUUAGUGGCUUGCAAUGCUACUUCAACAAAGCUCUGCCUGCUAUGCUCCUUUACAAGAACGAGCGGGAACAGUUUCAAGAAUCGAUUAAAGAAGAUAUCUCUCCUUCCUCUGUGUAUGGAGCUGAGCAUUUAUUACGCCUUUUUGUUAAGUUGCCGGAGAUUCUGUUCUAUGCAAAUAUUGAAGAUGAGACAUUGACAGAGUUAAAGCAGAAGUUGCAAGACUUUCUCAGAUUCCUGCAGAAGAAUCAAAGUGCAUUCUUCCUGUCAACAUACCAUUCUGUAGACGGUUUUGAUGUGGCUGGCAAGAAAGAUGAUAACUGAGUUGUUGGAACCUUUCAUCUGCUACUGUAUAUUCUUCUGCGUCACACCUAGUAAUGUGUAUAUUCUCUGCUAUCACAGUGCAGAACUUUAUGUUGUAUUACUAGGCCUGUAACUAGUAAUCUUUGCUGCAUGUUGUUUUGCUACUUAUUGCCUGCUGCAGUGGCUAUAAUACCCAUAUGUUCUGGCUGUCCAGCAAACAUUUUCUCUUGAAAA